AUGGCGCACACGGGCCAGGUUCACCGGGAGACGACAGAGGAGUUUGGCAGCAUCCACGACGGGCUCGCGCACGAGAAGCUACAGCAUAAGUCAGGGACUUCAUCUAGAAGAACGCCGAUAAAGCAGGCCGCCGAGAAGGCCACGGGCAACAUCGACGAGAAGCGCACGCUGCCACCAAUGGAUCCCCCUAAAGCCGGCCGAGGGAAAAGCUCUCCCGGACGACACGUCCUCAUACACCUUUCCAGCUCCCCAGAUCACCAAGCCGUCAGCACCUUCGAGCUCACCGAGAGAGCGCGGCAGAGCAGGGGACGAUUCAAGAUCACACACCCCAGUCACCCAGAGGACUACUGGCAGGACCUACGGGACCACGUCGACGAGAUGUCGAGGGAGGCGGUUUUGCCGGCUUUGAAUUUAGCAUAG